AUGCAAAAUCUUCGCGAUCGGGUUCGCGUUGAACGUGAGAUCUCCAAGCUGAAGUAUUCGCUGUCAGUUGAAGCGCUGCAGCUAAGCGAUGAGUACCAGAAUCGAAUCGAGGUACAGCUUCGCAGGAGAUACUACGAAGCGCUGAGGUUAUUGCAUUUCCAGCUCAAAGAAGACGUGCAAUCAACGAAUGCAAAGAUCGAAAGCGUGGCGAGUUCAAUGCGAGUACGAGGCGAUGAUGUGGGCGAUGAAUUACGUUACGAUCUUAUGGAA